CACAGAGACAUUUGUACAUCUAAUUGUGCAAAAUCUCCGUUUUAAAUAUUCUUUUAUUGCAAAGUUCAAAUAUGUCUUGGGUUAAUCCCACAAAUGUUGUUGCAUUUCUUACUGUUUUGUUGUUUUGGUUUUCGAGCUUCGAACUGUCCUGCAGCGCUAGGGAAGGCAAGCAGUGGAGGCAGAGCGUAGCUGGUGGUUCCCACCAUCGAAUGACGGCUUCGUGGCCGAAUAUAGGAAGCUCCACCGCUUCCAGCACCUCCGCCGCCACUUCCACUGCAAUGUUUAAUGUGUUAGACCAUGGGGCCAAAGGUGAUGGACGCACGGAUGACACAAAGGCAUUUCAAGCAGCGUGGGAUGAAGCUUGUAAAGUUGAGGCAUCGACGGUGGUGGUUCCGUUGGGUUCGGUGUUCCUUGUUGGACCCAUUUCCUUCUCAGGCCCCAACUGUCAACCCAACAUCGCCUUUCAGUUGGACGGGAAGAUAAUAGCCCCUACAAGUUCCAGUGCAUGGGGAGGUCUCUUGCAAUGGAUUGAAUUUGCAAAACUAAAGGGGAUUACGAUCAAAGGAAAAGGAACCAUUGAUGGACAAGGUUCUGUCUGGUGGAAUGACUCACCCACAAUUGCAGAGGACUCCACAACUAAUGAAACGAUAAGUGCUGAACUGAAGGGGAUGCCAGGCACCAAACCAACAGCUUUAAGAUUCUAUGGAAGUAACGGUGUAACAGUGACAGGCAUAACUAUACAAAACAGCCCCCAAACUCACCUUAAAUUUGACGACUGCACAAGCGUUCAGGUCUCCAACUUCGUUGCUUCGUCUCCCGGUGACAGCCCCAACACCGAUGGAAUUCACCUGCAGAACUCCCAAGAUGUGGUAAUCUCUGCCACUACUCUCGCUUGUGGAGAUGAUUGCGUGUCGAUUCAAACCGGUUGCUCAAAUGUAAAUAUCGACAACGUCAAGUGUGGACCUGGUCAUGGAAUCAGCAUCGGAGGACUAGGAAAAGACAGCACCAAAGCCUGUGUCUCCAACAUAACUGUUCGAGAUGUCACUAUGCACAACACAUUAACCGGUGUCAGAAUAAAGACAUGGCAGGGAGGUUCGGGUGCAGUGAAACAAGUGACAUUUUCAAACGUUCAAGUUUCGGAAGUCGAAACUCCGAUAAUGAUUGACCAAUUCUACUGUGAUAAAGGUCACUGCAAGAAUCAAUCUUCAGCUGUGCAAUUGUCGGGGAUAAACUACGUCAACAUACGAGGAACGUAUACGAUGCAACCGGUCCACUUCGCAUGCAGUGACAGCAUUCCAUGCAGUGGGGUUUCUUUAAAUACCAUUGAGCUGAAACCGGUUCAAGAAAGCCGCCAUCUCGAUGGGCCUUUCUGUUGGGAAGCAUAUGGGGAGCUCAAAACUACGACCGAACCGCCAAUCAGUUGUUUGGAGACCCAAAAACAUGCGAAAGGCAAUACUCAAUCCAAUUCUGAAUCUUGUUAAUGAAUAGCUAUAAUAAAUGCCAAUUAGAUGAGAAGUAAAAGGACACUUUGAUUUAGAAUUUUACUUACUAUGUUAUUGGGUUUCUUAAUUUAUUAAAUCCGAGACUUUAUAUCCGCCGCAUGUUUAAAUAUAGACACAAAGUUAGUAGUGAUGUCCACACUACACUGUAACAAAAUCUAUAAGAUAAAAUUCAGUUUAGGGUUUGUUUG